UUACAUUUGCAACCUAAUGAUCAAGUACUUAACUGAAGUCAUUUCUACCAGGACGGGCAGGUGAGAUCACUUGUCUAGACCAGUUUUGAAGUCCAUUAGUGAACUUUUCAGGAGGAAUAUCUGCACACCAUGGAGGAAGCCCUCAACAUGACUAUUGAUCCAGCUUGUUUACAAGAACCCCCGCUGGCUAUCGAUGUGAUCAAGCAGCUAGAUGUGUUUGAAAUGUGCCUGUACUCCAUGCUCACCUUCAUGUCCUGCAUCUCCCUGCUGCUGUACCUGGAUCUGUGCAUCUAUAUUUAUAAAAAACUGCCCUACCCCAAGAGGACAACCACGAUUUGGAUAACUGGUGCAGCACCAGUCAUUGCCACCAUGUCUUGUUUGGGGAUGUGGAUCCCGAGGGCUGUCAUGAUCACAGACAUGACAUCUAACUGUUAUUUUGCAGUCGUGGUGUAUAAAGUUUUAGUUCUGUUAAUCGAGGAGUUUGGGGGAAGCAAAGUUUUUCUGACACGGUUUACUGGUAAACCCUUUCGAAUCAGCACGGGACCCUGCUGUUGCUGCUGCCUCUGUUUACCCCGUGUGCUCAUGUCAAGGUCUUUGCUAUUCUGGCUGAAGGUGGGUGCUCUUCAGUAUGCAAUCCUGAAGACAGUGCUGUCUGUCCUCGCUGUAGUGUUGUGGACAAACGGCAACUUUGAUCUCUCAGACCUAGAGAUCACUGGUGCCGCCAUUUGGAUGAACCCAUUCAUUGGCGUCCUCACUAUCACUUCCCUUUGGCCUGUUGCCAUCAUAUUCAUGAACACUAACAGCUUCCUUCGCAGCCUCAGUAUUAUCCCCAAGUAUGCCAUGUACCAACUAAUACUUGUAUUAAGUCAGCUGCAGACAUCAAUCAUUAACAUCUUGGCCUUGAAUGGAACCAUUGCCUGUGCCCCUCCCUUCUCUUCUCAAGCUCGUGGCUCCAUGCUAAGUCAGCAGAUGAUGAUCAUGGAGAUGUUCAUCAUCAGCCUGGUCAAUAGGUUUUUGUACCAUCGUACAUACGACACACUUCCCUCUGAGGCAGAUGACAACAACCAGAAUCUCAUAGUUGAUCUGCCGACUACCCUCGUGGAGCAAGAUGUCUAAAAAAUAGGAGACAACAACAGAACAGAAGUCAACACUGCUCACUGAUGAUGUGUCAGAUCCUCAGCUAAGACAUCAUCAAAUAGUCAGACUUGAGUCAGUCAUAUCUGUACCCUACAGACAGUAAAACUUAAAGAACUGGCCAAGAAAUAUAGUCCCUCUGAAGAUUGU